AUGUACGUACGUCGAACCAGUUUUAAAGAUUCUGACUACAUACGAAAAGACUGUGAGAGAGUCAAGAAAUAUAUAUGUCUUUUAAGUCGUGGAGAUCCUCUUGUGGUGGGAAGAGUUGUUGGAGAUGUUCUUGAUCCUUUCACCAGGUUGGUCUCUCUUAGGGUCACUUAUGGCCAAAGAGAGGUUACUAAUGGCUUGGAUCUAAGGCCUUCUCAAGUUCUGAACAAACCAAUGGUGGAGGUUGGAGGAGAUGACCUCAGAAAUUUCUAUACUUUGGUUAUGGUGGAUCCAGAUGUGCCGAGUCCAAGCAACCCACACCUCCGAGAAUAUCUGCAUUGGUUGGUGACUGAUAUACCUGCCACAACUGGAACCGCCUUUGGUAAUGAGAUGGUGUGUUACGAGAGUCCACGUCCCCCCUCGGGAAUCCACCGUAUGGUGUUGAUAUUGUUCAGGCAACUCGGAAGACAAACGGUUUAUGCACCCGGGUGGCGUCAACAGUUCAAAACUCGUGAGUUUGCUGAGAUGUAUAAUCUUGGUCUCCCUGUGGCUGCUACUUACUUCAACUGCCAGAGGGAGAAUGGCUGUGGAGGAAGAAGAACGUAGAUGCCUUCCUUACUUUAACUAUUGCAGUAUUCCCCUAAUGAUGCUAUUUAAGCAUCUAUGUAAUAAUAAUUUUAAAAGAUACUAGCAACAAAAUAAAGUGAUGCAUACAUGUGCAUCUACAUAUAAAGUGGUG